AUUAACUGCUGAAGUACUGAUAGAGUUCUGCUAUUCUUCAAUGAGGAACUACAGGCUGAUCUUUUGCCAUAAUCUUAAACAACCAUAAAUGACAGAAGAAUGCUUGGUCAGUGAGGGCAGCUGGCGCAGAAAGCGUUUUUCAAACUCGGCUGUAUAAGUACUCUGAGAAAAGACAGCUUUGAUUUUUGGCUGCAAAAAGAUAUGAGGAAGAGCUCCUCCCCUUCCUUGAGUAACUGCAACUCUGUUCUUGCUAACAAAAUAUUUGGAAUUCCACUUGAUGAGCUGCAGCAAGAAGGGCAACCAGACAAUGAGGUUCCAUUCAUAGUCCGCCAUGUCGUGGACUAUAUUGAGGAACAUGGGGGUCUGGAACAAGAAGGACUUUUUCAAGUCAAUGGGAAUGCUGAGACAGUGGAGUGGCUUCGGCAGCGAUAUGAUAAUGGAGAAGAUGUGGACCUGGUUAAAGAAGCAGAUGUACCCUCAGCUAUUAGCCUUCUUAGAUUUUUUCUUCAAGAACUUCCAGAGCCAGUUAUCCCAGGCAGUUUGCACAUACAUUUGAUGCAACUUUCUCAAGAUUAUAAUAAUGAAGAUGAAUUUGGAAGAAAGUUGAGGUUCCUCUUGCAGCAGCUUCCACCUGUUAAUUACAGUUUGUUAAAGUUUCUGUGUAAAUUUUUAGCUAAUGUAGCAUCGCAUCAUGAAGAAAUUUGGUCAGCAAGUUCUUUAGCUGCAGUCUUUGGCCCAGAUGUUUUCCACAUUUACACAGAUGUGGAGGAUCUGAAAGAACAAGAACUAGUUAGCAGAAUAAUGGCUGGGCUUCUGGAGAACUACUAUGAAUUUUUUGAGAAUGAAGAGGAAGAUUUUUCAUCUACUAAUGAUUUAAGCUCCAUAACUGAGCAGAUCAAUGAUCUCUUGGAAGAAGAGGAAGAUGUAAAGCUUGAGCAGUCUGAAGAACUUCCAGAAGAUGGCACAGAGAAACCUGUGGAAAGGCCAGCUGUGGUGCAUCUGGAUGUGACAGGGAGUCUCUCGGAUCCCAGGGGUGUUACAGCAUCAACAAGUGCUCAUAUCUCUCCCAUAAGUAUCUUGCCAGCCUCUGCAGACAUUUUAGAAAGAACAAUUAGAGCAGCUGUGGAACAGCAUCUUUUCGACCUGCAGAGCAGCUUAGAUAACGAUCUGAAACAUAUACAGCAACACAGACUGGGCUGUAACAAUGAAGCAAAUAAUCCCAGCGGGGAUGAGGAAGGAUCUAACAACCAGAAUGAUGUUAUUGAAGAUAAUGACACUGGUAGCAGUGAAAACACAGGAGACUGCUCUGAAGUAUUGGUUUGCACUGAUUUAGACAGUGAAGCUAUGAAACAGGAUACUAUAACUGAGGAAGAAGAAAACGUUCAGGUACCAGCCCUUCCUUCUGCUGAGACUGCAGACAUAUUAUUGAAACCAUGUGAUGAAGAUGCAGAUGUUGAUGGAGAACAUAAUAGCGAAAGGGAAAAUAGUAUAUUGCUUGGUGGCAAUGAUAGAAUAUCUUCAGAGAUGUCUCUGGAUUCAAGUAGCAAGACUUGUGAUCUUAAUGCAAACACUGAUUCAGAGGUGUUGGGGGAUGGCAGCAUUAACGUUUCUGAGGAAGCUCCUGGUGUGCAAGUAGCACGUCUAGAUCUGAAGAAUGUAUCUGAUGGUGACAAAUGGGAAGAUCCAUUUCCUGCUUUCAAAUCGUGGCAGGAGGACAGUGAGUCUGGAGAAGCUCAGCUUUCCCCCCAGGCUGGAAGGAUGACUAACCAUCCGUUAGAAGAGGACAGUCAUCCCAUUUUGUCACAUCGGAGCUUGGAUUUUGGGCAAAGCCAUCGUUUCUUACACAAUCCAGAAACGUUAGAUUCUUCAUCCAAAGCACUUUCUUUUGUUAGAACACGAAGAGCAUCCUUUAGCUCAAAAGAUGACAAAAGGGAAGACAAGACACCUUAUCAGCUUGUCAAGAAAUUACAGAAAAAAAUAAAGCAAUUUGAGGAACAGUUUGAAAAAGAGAAAAACAGUAAGCCCUCCUAUAGUGAUAUUGCAGCCAAUCCGAAAGUUCUGAAAUGGAUGACUGAACUUACCAAAUUGAGAAAGCAAAUUAAAGAUGCAAAGCAGAGGAGCUCAGAUGGAGAAUUCAUACCUCAAACACGUCCACGAAGUAACACUCUUCCAAAAAGCUUUGGUUCCUCUCUUGACCAAGAGGAUGAAGAAAACGAAGAUGAGAUGAGGGUUGUGCAGGAGAAGAAGCCCAGCAAGGAGGCUACACUGGAACUCAUUCUGAAAAGAUUAAAGGAAAAACGAGUUGAGAGAUGUUUGCCAGAAGAUAUAAAGAAAAUGACAAAGGACCAUUUGGUAGAAGAGAAAACAUCUCUGCAGAAAAGCCUCCUGUAUUAUGAAAGCCAACAUGGACGGCCGGUUACUAGAGAAGAAAGACAUAUUGUGAAGCCACUUUAUGACAGAUACAGACUUGUAAAACAAAUGUUAACUAGAGCAAGCAUUACUCCUAUUCUUGGAUCACCAUCUACCAAGAGGCGAGGGCAGAUGUUACAGCCCAUUAUCGAAGGUGAAACUGCCCAUUUUUUUGAAGAAAUUAAGGAAGAAGAGGAGGAAAGUGAUGGUUUGUCUACAGACCUGAAUGAUAUCUUAAAAACUGCUGCCCAAACACAGCCUGUUCUAAGCCCAGUCGAAAACUCUGAGUCUGAUGUUGAAGAUGGCCAAGAGAAGCUGACCCGGGACCUGAGGCUGUCCAGCACUCGAGCUGCUUCCAUGCCUGAGUUACUGGAGCAGCUGUGGAAAGCCAGAGCUGAGAAAAAGAAGCUACGUAAGACGUUGCGAGAAUUCGAAGAGGAGUUUUACCAGCAGAAUGGCAGGAACGUGCAGAAAGAAGAUCGGGUCCCAAUGCUUGAUGAGUACAGGGAGUACAAGAAAAUCAAAGCCAAACUGAGGCUGUUAGAAGUCCUUAUCAGCAAACAAGAUUCUUCGAAAUCAAUUUAAAUUUUCCUCCUCCUCCAACCUGUUGAAUAACGUGGUGUUUCCAUAUACUCCCCCUGUACUUGUUGGGUGCUUGUGUUCAUGUGUCAUGCACUGUUGAAAGAAUCCAGUUUGUGCACUUUAUUGGGGUGCCACUAGGACAUGGUUGAAGGGUAAGUUGGUCCUGUCUAGAGAGCAAGUAAAGGUUUCUAAAUUUGAGACUGCUCUAUCCAACUUUAGCAAACACAGUUUCCAUCAAAGUUUUGUAUUCCAGAUGCAUCUUGUUCCAAAACAACCAUAGCCUUUUUUUUUUCUUUAGUAUUCAAGAACUUUGAGACUUUUGUUAUUACCAACUUUUUUGCAUUAUUGAAGAAAUUAUUAAUACUGUAAUGCUACACUGAACUACUCCUCUU